CGAGCGUGUGAUGAGAGAAGGGCGGAGGGCAUUACAGAGAAGAUUUGCAGCAUGAUCGAGAGGGAUUUGAUGCCAAUCAACACAGUUGACGGUGCAGGAUUUCAGGAUCUCAUUGGGUUCAUGGAGCCAGGUUACAACAUCCCUUUGAGAACAUCAAUAACUUCUCGCCUCGAAGCUCGGUUCGAAAAAAAGAAAAGUGAGGUAAAAACAAAGCUCGCCGCUGUUACAGCUGUAGCAUUAACAACAGACUGUUGGACGGCUCUCACAACAGAAAGUUACAUCACAGUUACCUGCCACUACACCGACGAAAACUGGCUGUUAAAAUCUGCAAUCCUGAUUACGACGAGCAUGUCUGACAGACACACCGCCGACAACUUGGCUGAGAAGCUGAAUUAUAUAGUGGAGACUUGGGGACUUUCCGGGCGCGUUACAGCAUGUGUCCACGACAAUGCUAGGAAUAUUGUCCAAGCGAACAAUCCUACACGAGUCAGCUGGAAAUCAGUAGCGUGUUUCGCGCACACCCUGAAUCUCGCUGUCAAUGAUGGUUUUGCUUCUGCUGGGGUAGACAGAGCAAUCGCGGCAGCGGGAAGGUUGGUCAAACAUUUCCACCACAGCACAAUCGCAACCAAAGCCCUGGAAGAAAAGCAACACCAAAUGUCGCUUCCUCCGCAUCGCCUCAUUCAAUCCUGUAAAACCAGGUGGAAUUCAGUCUGCGACAUGUUUGAGCACCUGGUUGAACAGCGAUGGGCUGUGUCAGCCGUGCUAUCAGACCGAUCCGUGACAAAACUGGCAGAUGCGAGGACGCUGGAGUUGAGAGACGACUACUGGCAGCUAAUGGAAGAUAUGGCACCCGUGUUGGGAACAUUGAAGUGUGCAACUACGGUGAUGUCUGCGGAGUCGGAGGUGUCAAUCUCAAACACGUACCCCAUCACGUUCAGUCUAAUCAACACUCACCUCAGCGCUUCAGACGAGGACAGCCCCAAAGUCGCAGACUUCAAGGAAAAAGUGCGAGAUUCGCUGGGCGAGCGCAUGAAGAUUCAGUCUGAUGACCUCAACACAUCCACCCCUAUGAUCGCAACAAUGCUUGACCCUCGUCACAAACACCUGGGAUUUCUUCCUCCAGCUACCAGGAAGUCAGCUCAUUCCACGCUGCUUCAAAAUGGCUACAGCCGAACGCGACAGCAUCACUGCAGGUGCCGCCACCGCUGGAGACGACGGUAACACUGUCCAUACAGCAGGGCCUCGGCGACAUGGGGCUAAGCCUACAUCUGCUAUGAGUUUACUUCUGGGUGAAACCUAUUCCGAUGCCCGCAAAGGUGACGUGGAGAGUGAAGUGGAUAUGUACUUAAAGGACCCUCCUGCACCACUUGAGUCGAGCCCCACGUGCUGGUGGAAAGUGAAUGAAAGGAGGUUUCCGACGCUGGCAACACUAGCAAAACGGUAUUUGUGUACGCCAGGCACAUCAGUCCCCUCUGAGCGUGUGUUUUCAGUAGCUGGGCUCACUGUAAACAGGCUACGUACACGCCUUACCCCAGAGCAC